UGAGAGAUUAUGGCAUCUGAAGCCCACAAUGUUAGAAAACAGAAAGUAUUGCAUAUUGAAGGUCAUCCCAUUGAUCUUCCCAGAAAAAGAAUCUCUCCUUCCACUAAAAAGAUCAUGAAGGAGGGUAAGAAAUCUCCAAAACAGCUGGCUUUGUACACAAACAGAAUAACAGUUGGAAAAACGGUGACCAGUCCCCUCUCUCUUUUCAAAGUAGUAUAUUGUAAAAGAAAAGUCCAUUGUUAUACUCCAAAGCCUUGUUACGGAAAGAAACAGUUCCCUAAAUCUAGGGGCUGUGACAUGGCAAAUAAAGAAAAUGAACUGGCUUGUGCAGGGAAUCUGCCAGCAAAACUGCACAACAGUCGUACACACUUGCUGAAUUCUAGUGACUCUGGCUCAUCUCAAACAGAAGGCCCCUCAUCCAAAUAUAGUGGAUUUUUUUCAGAGGUUUCUCAGGACCAUGAAACUAUGGCUCAAGUUCUUUUCAGCAGGAAUCUGAGGCUGAACGUAGCUUUAACCUUUUGGAAAAGGAGAAGUAUAAGUGAACUGGUAGCCUACUUAGUCAGGAUACAGGAUCUUGGAGUAGUAGUAGACUGCCUUCCUGUGCUUACAAACAGUUUACAGGAAGAAAAACCAUAUAUUUCAGUUGGCUGCUGUGUAGAUCUUUUGCCUUUAGUGAAAUCACUGCUUAAAAGCAAAUAUGAAGAAUAUGUGAUAGUUGGUUUAAACUGGCUUCAGGCUGUCAUUAAAAGAUGGUGGUCAGAACUGUCUGCACAUACAGAAAAGGCAGAGGAUGGAAAUAUUCAUAUUUUAAAACAACAAUUAAGUGGAUUAUGGGAACAGGAGAAUCAUCUUACUCUGGUUCCAGGAUAUACUGGUAAUAUAGCUAAGGAUGUAAAUGCUUAUUUAUUACAGCUACACUGACAUGAUUGGGAAACUAUGUGUGCUUAUGUGGUGAAACAAUCCCCUAAAGUAUCUCUGAAAUACGUACUGUUUCUGAAAGCCUUUUGAGAAAUACUGGCAGAAGAGAACUGAACUGUCAAGCUGUUUAAUGAAACCACUAACAAAAUCCUAACAAUCUACUUCACAUUGAAGUGGAAAAAUGUCUAGUAGGAGCAACUUUUACUUCAGUGAGGUGAAAGUGCACUAUGAAAACUGUAUGCCUUUGCUGCAUUUGGGAUUCACUCAGUUACUAGGUAUUCAUUUAAAUGCUACUGUAUUUUACUACAACAUUGCAUAAAAGAAGAUGAAUUACACUGUUAUGAAGACAAGACAGCAGAACCAGUUAUAAGGAACCAACAAAAGCAAUCAGCAUUAAGAGCUUUUAAAUGUUUCUUUCACGAGAACUCCAAAAUGCACAACUAUCUUCCAAUUACAUUAAAAAAACCUUCAGAAUAUUCAAUUACUUAUGAUUUAAUCAAGUUAUUAAAGACAUUUUUGUUUGCACUAUUGAGAAACUAUACAGCAAAGAUGCCUUAAUUACUAGUGUUUCAAAAAGCCAAUGUGUUAAGAUGCAGAUAGCUAUUGUGUUCAGAUUGUGAUGAAAAACUACAAAAAUCAGGGUUUCACAUUGUGUAGUUAAUGAAACAUUGCACAUAUACAAAAAUUCAUGUAUGACAAAUAUUAUAAAUACCUGAAGUAAGCUUGGAUAAACAGUUAUUGCAAAUGUCAGCAGAAUGGUGAAUUUAUGUCUAACAAAUGUUUUUAUAUUGUAUGUGGAUUUCUAACACAGUAAUCUCGUUCUGUAUCAUUUAAACUACAUGCAAACAAGUAAAUAUAUUAAAUGUAUCUACUGUUUUUUCUUUUCAAGUUCAUAAAAACAAUUUCUAGAAUAACCUUUUCCACAGUUCUUUUUAUCAUAGAUAUUUAUGUCUAUUGUUUGAAAUGUUUACAGCCAGAUGAGGCCAUGUUAUUCAAAUCGCACCCUUUUUAUACUACCUCCUUUAAGAAACUGACAAAGAGAUUUUGCAAAAUUAAUCAAGUUCUAGCCUGAUCAGUGAUGGCAAAUUCAUACCAACAAUAGCAUUGAAAAUACAGCUAUAAAGUCUUUUACUGUCCUAUUGCUGUGUCCUGUACUAUUUUAAUUUAGAAGCUAUAGCUUAAUAGCUCUGAGGGAGUUUUGAUUUUAGGCUUGCUAUUGCCUUUUUAUUUUGUGAUUAGGAAGCAUGUUUUUCCAGUUAAAACUUAUGAAGUGCCAGCUGUUCACUUAAAACAUAAAUAUACAUGCACAGCAUGUAUCACCAAAUAGUCUACUUCCUUAAAAAAACUAAGUACUUACAAGGGUUGUUUUCAUACCUAGCAUUAAGCAUAUGCACUUUUACUGAUGUGCAGGAGAAAAGUCUUUUGAUAGCCCCAAGUGGUUUUUGCUUUACAGAUGAAAUAAAUGAAUUUUAAACUCUUGUAGUGGUCAACAGCUUUAGGCCUCUUGUUGCUUCAUUUUGUAUUUAAUUUACAUAUCACUUUGCUGACUUCUGAAGGCCAACUAGGAAUCUGUCAUCAGAACUUGGUGCUUUUGGUUAUUUGAAUAUUCUUUAAACCACCAAAGGUUUUGCGCUUCCCAGGGCAGUCAGCUACAGGGAAGAGUUUCUGGGACAUCCCAAAACUGAGAACUCUGUGGGACAAUCUCAAGAUAUGCCCAUAGCCAAAUUCUUUUUGCUAGAUUUGUUACGUACCAUUAGAGAUAUUUCACGCUCAGAAGAGUUUGAGAUGGAAGUUACUACUUUUCAAAUGUUCUUGUUGUCAAUUAAAAAUGUAAAGGAACUUACAGUAUGAUGAUGUUCUUUUAUUACUUUACUGUUCUGUUGAGCACUUAAAUGUAAAAGGAGCAUAAAGACUAGCUUCAUAAUUUGGGUAGCAAUUGCUGAAACUUAGAUAAUUCUUCAAGGAGAAUAUUGUAAAGGUGAUGGAAACUCAGAUCUUUUCUCCUGUUUUUUAAUAGACAAAAUGAAGUAACGCAUGGCCAUUUAUUUCUGAUAAUACAAGAAUUAAUCAUUGUAAUUGAUUAAAGUGAAAUACACUAGUAUUCAAAAAUCCAGCUUGACUGUAGAUGUAAAUACAUGGGCUUAUAAUGAAUUCUGCAUGUGGCCAUGGAUCUACCAAAUCGUAACUGUGGAUGGUGCUUUUGUUCUAGUGGCAAGGUAAGAUUGACUUGAGGAUCGUUAUUGAGAAGUAUCUAAUAAAAUAAUGCAUUAUUUUUAACUGCCAAAAGUUGUAUUUUGACAGCAUCAAUAAUACAGUAUUAAACAUUAAGUCAUUAGUAUCUGUGCCUUAUUUUAAAUGAAUUUUUUUUACU